AUGACUGCUACCGGUAUCCCACCUCAGGUGGUCAUGUUUGGGCUACAAGAAGAGAUUCGGGCUACAGUGUGCGCUCUACCAGAAUCUAUGGCUGCUAGAUUUGCUCAAUUACUGGAAGAGAACGGGAUCUGUGGCGGGGGUGUUACUCAGCAGCAGCUCGAAGCAACAUUGCGCCGCCCAAGCGAUGGUAAAUUGCACACUCUCCCAGAAUCGUUUGAGUUUCCUAGCACUGAUGUGCUACAUGCGUGGCAUUUAUGGUGGUUUGGGAACGAAGAUGCUGGGCAGCCUCCGUUCAAGUCAGUGAGCACGCGUGAUCUGUCAACGAGGAAGAAGCGCCAAACGUAUUCCGAGUGGCGUGUGAUGAUGCAGCACAUCUCAACGGCAAUCGAGCGCGCAACAGGCACGCCGCCUCCUUCCUCCAAGACAGAGCAGCAAGCUGCCAUGCUCUGCAUCGCUGGUGUCAACAGUCUGCAGCUCAAGACUAGCCGUCAUACCCGCCGACCAACCCAACUGAAAGUCACGACUAUGCUGUGUCUAGUUAGAGAGGCAGAGCACGCCGACAACGCAAACGCUCGUACUAUAGAAUUUAGUCGCCGGAAACGGAGCAAGAGAGACUAA